CAAAAAAUCUGAAGAACGAGAACCAGAAAAUAACGACAUUCUUCCCCGACGCAUCUUCUUUCUCUCACAGUGAAGAACAAUGGUCUGUAAUUCUCUUUCUACAUUAUCUUCACCAUCUUCAUAUCUCCCUUCAACUUCUUCUACAUAUGCUUUCACCAAAUACAGAUUCUCUCCACCAAUCCUUUGGAUUAAGCGCUCAUCUGAUCUCUCACCCAAGUUUUCAAUUAGGGCUUGUUCUAAUAACGCCCUUGAUAAUGAAUCCGCCGAGAUAUUCCAGCAGAACAAUUCAAUCGCCGAUUUCAUGAGAUUCAGGAAAUCUGAUUCCGCCGAGCUUCAGACUGCCGUCGUUAGCUAUCGGAAGAAAUUCCCUUGGUCUCUUCUCCAACCAUUUCUUCAGGUUGAUUUGGUUUCAACAAUACAUAUUGCGGACAAAGAGUAUUUUUCAACUCUUCAGAAGUCACUAGAUGAUUAUGACUGUGUUCUUUAUGAGAUGGUGGCAAGCAGGGAGAGUUUGGAAAGAAGACAAGACCCUAAUCCAUCUACAAAGCUACAAACCUCGCGUUCCCGAAGCUUUAAUAUAAUAGGAUGCAUUCAACGACAAAUGGCUAGGAUACUUGCUCUAGAUUUUCAACUAGAUUGUCUUGAUUAUGAAUCUGAUAAAUGGUAUCAUGCUGAUCUGGACUUUGAAACCUUCAAGUUACUUCAGGUUGAAAAGGGUGAGAGUUUCUUUACCUUUGCAAGAGAUAUGACAAUUAGAACAACAAAAGCCAUGGUCCAGCCUGUUUCAAAUUCUGAAGAACUCGGCCCUUGGAGAUCUAAGCUUCUAUGGGCUUCCCGUGUCCUACCCAUGCCUCUGGUUGGCCUAGUCAUAAUUGGAAGUGUUUGUGCAGACACGGGUAGCCAAUCAUCAGACUUUCCAGAAUUAGAAGCUUUAUCUAGGCUAGAUUUUGGUACUGCCUUGAAAGUCUUCCUAGCAAAAAGGCUAACAUCUGAGUUCACUCAGUUGACAGCUGAUGUGGAAGAGAAAUCGGUUAUAAUAGGGGAGAGGAAUAAAGCAGCAACAAAAGCUCUUAGAAGAGCAAUGGAUGCAGGCCAUAAGAAGAUUGCUGUACUGUAUGGAGGUGGGCACAUGCCUGAUCUGGGGAGGAGACUUCGUGAGGAAUUUGGUCUAGUUCCUUCUGAGGUGGAGUGGGUAACAGCGUGGUCAAUUCGCAGUAACAGGAAUCUGAAGAGCGAUUAUUCAUUUCCAUUGUUGAAGAAAAUGGCGGAAGUAUCUGGAUGGCCAUUAGAUAGGUAUCAGACUCUAGCUCUGGUGAUAUUUUCGUCUGUCCUAGCCUUGGAUUUAUUGUUCUGGGAACUCUUUUUUGGGACUACUGCGGAUUGGGUUACAAAUACAGCUUCCGAAUUGUCACAGUUUGUUAAAGUCAUGUGAUUAUUAUAAAAACAAUACGGAUUUAUAUUAUGAUUCAUAAGUUUCGCUGUUAAUAUAGUUUGAUUAUGG